GCACAUUCCCGAUCAGCGAAAGUUGAAUCCCACGAUGUUUAUCCUCGUCUUUCUGCACCAGGUAGCAGACUAUCUGCUAUCCUGGGUGAAAAUGGUGCAAAAUCGCGAAGUCGGAUGGAUCACGAUCGAGCGCAAGACGGGCAAACAAAUGCGCGAGCAGCAGCCGCUAUGGAAGAAGCUGAAAUUGCUGCUCCUGUUCAACCCGUUGACCGAAUGGCUGGAUACCACGCACCUGAUGCGUCUGUAUCUACACCACGCCGCCGUGGAAGAAGGCAAAGAAGAAGCCACCCCCGCAUCGCGAAACCGCAUCAAAGCGUUCGUCGAUUUCUACCACAUCCACAUGGACGAUUUCGAGCCAUCCGAUAUCAACGCCUACGCAACAUUCGAGGACUUCUUCGUCCGCGCGCAUCGACCCGGCUCCCGGCCGAUCUAUCGCAAAGACGACCCGGCCGCGGCAGUGAUGGUAGCGGACUCGCGCGUGGUCGCGUACGAGGCGGUCGCGGAGAGCAAGAAGAUCUGGAUCAAGGGGAAUGAUUUCUCGAUCACGAAUCUGGUGAUGGAUAAGCAGCUGGGGCCGAAGUUCGCGGAUGGUCCCGUGGCGAGUUUUCGCUUGUCGCCCCAGGAUUAUCAUCGCUAUCAUAGUCCGGUGGCGGGGACGAUUACGCACUUUCGAAGCAUGCCGGGGGAUUAUUAUGAGGUGGAUCCGAUUGCGUUGCAGAGUCAGGUGGAUAUUUUGACGCGGAAUGCGAGGGAUUAUGUGGUUAUUGAUACGGAGGAGUUUGGUGAGGUGCUUUUUGUGGCGAUUGGUGCUUCCCAGGUGGGAACGGUUCGGAUUCAUCCGCAGUUCCAGCAACCGGGCAACAAGAUCGAGAAAGGGGAAGAGCUGGGCAUCUUUCAGUUUGGAGGGUCGUCGAUCAUCGUGGCAUUUCAACGGGGGCGUAUCGAGUUUGACGAGGAUAUUCUGAAGGCUAGUAAGAACGCCAUUGCGGUGGAUGUGGAAGUUGGAAUGAGUCUGGGUAGGGCGACGAGCGAAAAGGCCAACUGACGGCUUCGAGUCUUCCGUGAUUGGACCGAUUAAGUGUAUGUGUACAUGAUCCAUUGUUGAAAGGCGUUCUGGGAACUACAUACACAUCCUGCUAUCGGGCGAAUAGCGCGGAUUUUAACCACGAUGCGUCAGCCUUGACAAUCGUCAUAACGGAUGUGCAGGCAUACUAUCGGACAUGUAUUCUAAUCUAGGUACCUAAU